AGCAAUUACGUUGCAUCGUUUCUGUUGCGUAAAAUUAAUCCGAUUUAGGUGACCUCGACGUAACAUAACCUAUAAAUCCGCCUUGGACUACCGCCUCUGCCCGUCGUUUUGAUCAUUCUUUGGAAGCUUACACAAGCGUGGGCAAUGGUGUACUAAGACAUCGAUCUACAUAAUAUUUGCAAAGUAAGAGUAUUAAGCCAGUCUGAAAAAUGAAUAAUCAAGCGUUCAGUUUGGCAGAAAAGCUUAUACCUUCUACAUAUGUGCAACAAGGUUUAAAUGCAAAGAAAACUCGCGAAAACCAUAUAAGACAUUUUAUUGAACAUAGACAAUGGCCAGAAGAGGGAUGGGAUGACGCAACAAUAGAAGCUUUUCUCUCUGAUCUUUCGCAAAUGGAUAGCAACAAUUUUCCUUCUAACUGUAGUGUCGGAGAACGUGAAGCAAGAAUUGCAUCGAAUAUAGUAGCAAGGAGACAUUUUCGCAUGGGGCAUGGAAUUGGUAGAUCAGGUGAUCUAGAAGAAGUACAACCAAAAGCUGCUGGUAGCAGUCUCAUGUAUAAAUUAACAAAUGCUUUGGUACUGGAAGUAAUACGUUAUAUGGGUGUAAAAAGUAUAGCUGGUUGUUUCUUAUCUCCUAUGGCUACAGGCAUGAGUUUAGUAUUAUGUAUGUUGACUCUCAAACAAGGUAGACCACGAGCAAAGUAUGUUUUAUGGCCUCGAAUCGAUCAAAAAUCAAGUUUCAAGUCUAUAAUUACAGCAGGUUUAGAACCUGUAGUAAUAGAAAUGCAAAUAGUUGGAGAUGAAUUAAAAACAGAUAUGCAAAGACUUGAAGCCCAAAUGGUAGCUCUUGGAGAAAGCGUAGCCUGUGUACUUACAACGACAAGUUGCUUUGCACCUAGAGCAUGUGAUUCGGUUGAUUUGAUUGCAGUUUUGUGUACGCAAUAUAAUAUACCCCAUUUAGUAAAUAAUGCCUAUGGGUUACAGAGUACAAGAUGUAUGCGUCUCAUACAAGAGGCAUCGCGUAAGGGGCGUGUUGAUGCAUUUGUUCAAAGUACAGAUAAAAAUUUUCUUGUACCCGUGGGUGGCGCAGUAAUUGGAUCAUUUGAUAAAAACCUUUUGGAUCGUAUAUCAAAAAUGUAUCCAGGUCGUGCAAGUGCAAGUUCUACUAUGGAUGUUAUGAUAACAUUGUUGAGCCUUGGCAUAGCAGGAUAUAAGCAACUUAUUGCCGAACGUAAAGAAAUGUAUUCUUAUCUUAAAGAGGAACUUGGAAAAUUAGCAGCAAGGCAUGGAGAACGUUUAUUAGAUACAAAAGGAAAUCCAAUAUCCAUGGGGAUGACAUUACAGUGUUUAAGUCAUCAACAUGAUAAUAAGCAAGUUACGACCCUAGGAUCAAUGUUGUUCCUUCGUAAUGUUAGUGGUACUAGAGUAAUCACUACAACAGACUCUAAGCACAUUGUUUCGCACAAGUUUGAAGGAUGGGGUGCUCAUAACAGUAAUUAUCCAGUACCGUACCUAACUGUUGCUGCAGCUUUAGGUAUGAAAAGAUCAGAUGUUGAUGCAUUUAUACAAAGACUAGAUAAAGCAUUAACAAAAGUACGAAGGCGAUCCGCUUCAGUAACUCCAACAGCAUCACUUGCUGGAUCCAGUAUUAAUGGAGAUGCUGGUGGUGCUGGUGGCCCAGGUGAAUCCAGCACAGCUUCAACCAGCCGAGCAAGUAGUAAAGAUAGUUUAAGAAAAUGAACCGUAAUCAACGCAACUGGUCAGUCAAAUCAGCACAUUAAUAUUAAUUUGUAAGUAGUUUACUACUUACAAUUAAUAAAUUUUUCAUAUCUCUGCAUAAUGACUUGUAUCAAAACAAUAAUCUUUAACUUGAUUAUAAAGGUGGAAUAUUUUUCUAUAUAAUAUCAUUUAAAAUUUACAUAUGUGAAUAUAAAAAAUUUUCUGCCAUACUAUUUUUUUUAUACAUUAAUUAAUAAUUUUUAUUUCUCUAUGAAAAAAUAUAAUUAUUUGAUAUUUAAAAAUUUUUCUUAAAAAAUUUACUAUUCGUAUAUUAUAAAAAAAUAUGACUCAUGUUUUUAAAACAAAUAUAUAAGAUACAAUACAUGUUGCAGAAAUAUGGAAUAAAUAAUGAGCUGAUCUGUCUGUCCACUUGCGUUGUGAUAUUGUCAAUUCCUAUCUUAAGAGACAAGGCAAUGGGAUGUUAAGUAAAUGAUAUUAAGUGAAUGUCAAAGUUAAUGCAAAGGAAUCAAGAAAUAAGAAUACAACAUUUUCUUAGUUAUCUGUUACAAGAUAUUCAAUUAUAUAUGCGCUGGUCGCAAAAAUCAUUAUGAAUUGUUUACAAAUUUAUAUUUUUUGUGAAACAAAAAAAUGAAAAUUGUUCUUGUGUACAAUUUACUUCUAGCUUAUCAUGUUGUAAGAUAUAAUAUUAAGUUUUAUAUUCUGUGUUGUAUAAGUAGAACUUCUGUAGAUAAUUCAUAACAAAUAACGAACUAUUGUGUUGCCAUAAUUAAUCUUAAUAAUAUUUUUUCAUUAUCUAAUUUUGACAUACAAUUUAUUCCUAUAAAUAUUGCUUAUAUAAUUUAAAAAAUAAUUCUAUAUUUGAAGAAAACAUAUUAAUAUAAACGUUUGGUACUUUUGUUUUCUUUUAGGGAGAAUUAUAUGUCAAAGGAAAUAGUGAGAUUAUACGUUACUGAUUGUAAAAAGAAACUUUAAUGAUAAUAUAAUUGCCUGAUUGUAUCAAUACAGUAAUAAUACAAGUUUGAAGCAUGAUACAUGAAAGUUGAGCACAUGCUAUAAAAAAAAAUCAUAAAUAAUUUUUAUGAAUAUCAGCAAUAUAAACAACAUAUUUCUUUUUUAAAAUGUUUGAAUGAUUAUAAAUAUAUUAUUAUAAGUAUUUACUUCAAGUUCUUGCAAAGAUAUAAUAUUAUCAUUUCAUGAAUCAUGCAAUACUUUUUAAUAUGUCUCUUUAAAAUCCAAAUUAUUAUUAUUAACAUAAUGAUAAUAUAAUCGAAAAUUUUUAUUUUUAUUACAUAUAUUUAUUCCAUUAGAAAAUCUAUUAUAUUGUGGUUUAAUACAAUAUGAAUUAUGUUUUGUUAAAUAAGGUAGAAAGUAUAAUAAUUCAUGUAUAUUAUGAAAUUGCAAAUACCACAUGUCCCCAUUUAACAUCAGCUAAGAAAAGUAGAGAGAAUUAAUAAUAGUAUAUACUUCAAAUUUAAAUUAAAUAAUACAUAAUACCAUACCAACUGAACACAAUCAAUCAUUUUUUCGAUAUAUAUACACAUAUAUGUAAAAAAAAUAUAAAUAUAUGUAUACAGAUGUGCAAACAAAUUUCACAGUAAACUACAGGUAUGACAGCUUGAUAUUAAAAUCAUAUGAUAAUUAGUAAUAAUUUGAGGAAGAAUACAUUUCAAAUAUUCAAUCAAGUCUAAUAACAACAUCAAUAAAGAAUGUUAUAAAAUAGAAGAAAAUACACUUCUCAAAAUUUCUUUUUUUUAUAGAUCAUCUAAGUAGAAAAAUAUAUUUAUAAUUGUAUGGAUUAUUAAUUAGAAAAAAAUGAAUGCAUAAUGAUCUUAAUGUAGAAUAAAAGAAAUAUGUUUAGCAUAAAAAAUAUGCAUUAGCUAUUACACUAGCUCGUGUUUAAUCGAACGUUUCUUCAUAUCUAUUAAUUUUCUAGUCUAAAAUAUUCUCAUGAACAUACUUGUAAUUUUUUCUUUAGAAAAAAAAAACGACAUUAGAGAACGAUAUUAGUUACUAUUCAACAGAAUUCCCAAAUGACAUAACAAAAUUUGUUAUUUAUUCAUAUCGCAAUACAUAAUACUGUUAAUAUUACUACCCAAGUUUAUAAAGAUAUAUUCAUUAUUGAUACUGAUUUUGUUUGCAAUAAACAAAAUUAAACAUUUUAUACAUACACUGCUAGUUUACAGAUAAUACGCAAAUUUUCAUUAGCAUUGUUCAAAAUGUAUUUAUAUCUAGUGUUAUGUUCUUAAAAUAUAUUUAUAACAAGCCAAAGACAAAGCAAUAUUAUGCACCAAAAUGAUAAAAGUAUUAGUCACAUUAUCACUUUAUCAUUAAAUGAGUUGGAUGCUAGGAGAAAGCAUUUAAACUAUAUUUAAUUAUAUGUUUUGCUUAGCUUCCUUUUAUAGUUAUUAAUUUAAUUAUUUAGAUUUAACAUAGUUCUUGAGAAAAACAUUAAGAGAUAGAAUUGUUACUAUAAGCAAAUCAUAUGUGCUAUGAUAAGCUAUAUAUAUAUGUGUGUGUUUAUAUAUGUAUAUAUAUAUAUGUGUGUGUAUACAUACAUAUAUCUAUACAUAUAUAUAUAAAUAUAUUAAUGUUACAGUAAUAUAUUUACUAUCGAAACUGAUACUUAACAAUUAUGAAAAGUACUUUAGUAUAAGUGGUAUCAUCAUACCAAUGACUUUCCUAUGUAAAUAAAAUAUAAUUUUUUUUUUAUUUCUUUCUGAUUAUAAAAUCAUUAAUCGUUAAAAAAGGCACCUAAUACAUAUAUGCAUACAUAUUGAAUUAUAUGCCUUUUACACAAACAACGAUUUUAUGGACCUAAUGUUCUACUACACUUAAGUUUUCUAUGUCUAAAAAAGUUAAAUUUGUUAUAUCAUUGUUACUUAUAAUGCGUAACUAUAUUGUUGUUCAGCAUAAAACAUAUGUAAGUUAUACUGUGUAAUUUUAAAUUUAUUGCAAUGAAUGCAUACAUUCAGAGCAUUGUUUAUUAUUCAAAAUGUUAUAAUAAAACUAUUAUUGGCAGACUUAUAUUCGAUUGUUCAUGUUAAAAAAAGUCUUUGGUUUUUGAUAUAAAUGUUCAAGAAAAACAAAAAAAAAAAAAGAAAAACGAAAAAGAAGACUUUGCCAAUAUUGUAUAUAAAGUGUUGUUUUACUGAAGUUUUUAAAAAUAUAUCUAAGCUAUCUAAGAUUUUAAGUGUAAGUUUUGAUUUGGAGAAAAAAUAAUAUCAGUGUGAAAACAUUGAUAAUAGAAUAUAAAACGUAUAUAAUAUAAUAUUCAUGGGUCAAUAAUACAUUAUGUCGUCUAUAUGAGUAAAUACUUUUAAACAGAUACAAUCUAUUUUCUCCUUCUAUUUAUUAUAUUUUAUCCCUUUGUUAUCUAUAACGAAAAAGUUGUCAUUGCGCGACGAUAAUGUUUAUAUGUGUAAAGAUGUAAACACAUCUAACACUAGUAAGCGAGAAACAUAACAGAUCAUACUUUUCCGAAUAUAUAGAUUACUAGAAGUGUUAUAUGGCAUAACUUGAUAUUGUUCUCAGAGAUUAGUAUGUGUUUAUUAUUUUAUAAUAAUAGAGAAGUAGUUGAUCAGAUAUGUGAAUAAAGUCUUUUUUUAAAACUAA